UUAAUUGUCAAAUUAUUCCGAAUUCCAAUCGCAUCGGAAACUGAUUACUUUACUCUAUGGGAAACUGAAUGUGCAAAACAGUAAAAAUAAGCUGAAAACGUAAAAAUGUCUUCACUAGACGACAGCGAGGAGCCCGAAGUCCUCGUCGAUGAAAUAAUAUACGCAGCGGACUGCGAUACAGUGUGCAAUAUAUGCAGUGCAGAAUUCCUCGACCCACAAGACUUGCAGCAACAUUUAACUCAAGUGCACUCGUCAGAGAUCCCGAACCUCGUCCAAUGCCAAUUCUGCACAUCAAGCGUGCCAGACCUCGAGAAAUACGCGCACCACAUCCGUGAUUACCAUUUAAAAUCUCUUAAAAUGUGCAGUUUUUGCACCAAAAUUUUUCUAGACUUCGACCAGCAUAGGAAGCAUGAACGGCGACAUUAUUGCACGAAAAAAGAUUAUGCGUCUUGCUCGCAGUGUCCAGAGUGCUUUACAAGUUACGCUGAGCUCGAAAGACAUGAAUAUGAGCACCAUAACAAUGAAAAUGAUGGGUUUAUGCUCCAAGAUUUUUUCCCUAUCCUGUCUUCAGUACUUCAUAUGAGAGCUGUAGAGUUUAUCAAGCGGAUGAACAACAGCCAGUCUUGCGAGUGCGUAGCGUGUGGCUACAAGUCUGUAGAUGUCAAAAAGUACAUACAGCACCUCCAAAAUGGAAACUGUAAGUCAUACUCUUGUAAUAAUUGUUCAAACACGUAUAAACGGAAGAAGUUCCUUCUCCGCCAUUUGAGUAUUCACAAGGAGUGUUUUAACUCAAUGUCGAGUGAGGUGAGACAAAAGUGUACAGAAUGUCAAGAGAAUAUACUUUCAAGGUUUUACCAAAGCCACGUGAAGCAAUGCAAGCCAAUAAAAUGUAUUCCGUGCAACAUAAUUUUCAAUUCUUUGGACGAGUUGUCAUCCCAUCAGUGUAAGAACCAUCCUUUGGCCGUGGAAGUGAAGUUGUGCAAGUUCUGCUGCAGGCAAUGUGUUGGAACGUACGCUUUACGUAAACACAUGAUCCGAACCCACAGAGAGGAUAUCUGGCUCUAUAAAUACAAAUGUGUGACUUGCGACACACCGUUCAAACAUCCACAGAAGUUGUUUGCACAUUACUUCAUAAAGCAUAAAGAGUUAGAACCGUACACUUGUAAAAUUUGUGACAAAACUUUCCGUUUGAGAAAACGGUUCACAAUACACAUCAAACUGGAUCACAAGAGUGUUGGCUUUGUUGAGUUAGAUGAGAACUACCACGUUUUCUUUACUGAAAAGAAGCCGGAGAAACCGUUUGUGCCUCGUUGCGUUUUGUCUGAAGAUGAGCUCCGUAUGUGCACAGAUGAUACUAUUUUAAAGAAGAAGAAAGAAAAGACAGAUGAGAAAGACAAACUUGACUUGGAUCUACUCAAUCAGACUGAAACGGAAGGGAAUAUUACAGAAGUUGAGGUUGGGACCAAAAAGGUAUUGAAGCAUAAGAGACUUACUAAGCGGAGUAAAAAAACAGAAGAUGAAGUGAUUCCUAUAGACUCAACAGAUGAAGAAGACGUUCCAUUAGUCUCCUUAAAAACACUGAAACCUAAAAAGGGAUUUGAGCCUAUCUGGGCGCGAAAGAAAUCUAUAAAAGACAAUCGAAAGCAACUUACUUGUAACAUUUGCAAUAAAUACUGCUACACAUUUCAGAAUUAUCAACAUCAUAUGUCGUUACAUGGUAAAAAUGAUGUUAAAACUUGUAUUAAAUGCUCUCAAGAGUUUAAAAGCAAGGAGAAGCUCAACCAGCAUAUAGAGACAGAGCAUUCCUCGUCAAAACUUACUGAGACGUUAAAGAACUUGCUAGAAAAGCGAAAGAAAAUCACAGCACCACCAAACAUGAUGACUACAGCAGAGAAAUUCCAGCGAACUAUCAAAAAAACUAAAGUAGACACCAUAAACUCAUCAACCGCGACGGUAACUCCUGUCGAAAAUGGAUUAUCUGUCCAGAAGUUUUUAGAAACUUUCACACCGGAAGACCCAUCGCACCCAUCUAACGUACAUAUUGAGAACUGUGUGUCAAUUAAAGCAAUAAGCGACCCUUUCUUCAGAAAAUCGACUAUUCAAAUGACUAAGUUCGAGCAAGCGGAGUCUUAUGACAAUCCAAAGUUGCAAUUGCCUGUCAAAUUCACGCAAUACGACUCUGAACCGGUGAAGUGUAAUAUCAAGAUAGUGCACAAUGUAUAUACUUCAAACAAUUUCUUUACCGAAAGCUAUGAUUAUUGCGAUAGAACAGAAAGCAUUCCGGACGUAGCUCAAGAAGUUAUGCUGGAGGUCACAGAGGAGCCAAAACAAAUACAGGUUCCAAAUAGAGUGGUUCUGCCUAUACCUCAAGGCUGUGAUAAUGUAUCUAUAGCCCAUUUACAACCACAAGCACCGUAUUACAAAAUUGUAAAGAUGAAUGACAUAUUGGAACCGCGGGUAGAGGAAUCAAAAAGCGAAUUGAUCAGACUGCCUGAUGGUACCCAGAUGAUUACAGUCAACCCGUUAAAGCAUUUAUUAGGAGAUAGGAAUGUUGAUGAGAUCCUGCAGCCUUUAAAGAAUAAGUAUUAUAAGCCGAAGGUAGUGAAAAAUGUUGAGAACUUGUUGACAAAAGCUUUGGAGAAGGCAAACGCGCCUACCAACGUAAGGAAACGAAAAUCUAACAAGAAGAUAUGUAACAAUGAAAUUGGAAAUCAAAAUAGUAAUGCGUAGAGUUUGCUUUUGGUUCUUACUUAAAUUUUAAGUUGUAAUGUUUGAUUAGUUAUUUGGCUACUCUAAGUGACAGUGUAAAUAUAGUAAUUAUGUUUUAAAAUCUAGUGCAGUGUGGUAGCAUAGGUACUUGCAACCAGGGUGGUCCCAGAAUUGCACAAGAUACCAGGGGAGAGUCAAUCUCUUGACUGGUUCAGGCAAAAAUGUAAAAAUUAAAGAAUUUAUUUCCUUCGGCAACCCUAUGCUACACCACUGAUCUAGUCUUGAAUUAAUUAUAUUUCACUAUUCAAAAUAA